AUGUUGCAUAGUGGCAGCGCGCCAGAAUUCGUAUUGAUUCAUACGCUGUUAUCGGCGGCAGAAGGUGGAGCACCAGAUGGUUUGGCCCCACCACAACCAGAAACGGGAGAGGAUGGAGAGAUUGUCGGAGGACCGAGAACACCACAGCAAAUUGCUGCUCAAAAAAGACUGCAGCAAACGCAAGCUCAAGUCGAUGAGGUAUGUGAAAUAAUGAAAUCUAACGUGGACAAAGUCCUUGAUCGUGAUGCUAAGUUAUCAGAACUGGAUGACAGAGCAAAUGCGUUACAACAAGGAGCUUCACAAUUUGAGCAGCAAGCAAAAAGUCUCAAAAAUAAAUUUUGGCUGCAGAAUCUAAAGAUGAUGAUCAUCAUGGGAGUCAUUGGAAUCGUGAUAAUAGGCCUCCUGUUUGUUCGGUAUCGCGGAACACCGUCUAUGCCCAGCAUCACUCCUGUAGCAGCCACCAAUGCUACUCUGCCCGUUGCCUCUACUAACUGUAAGUUCUGUCUUUCUGUCUUCUUCAUCAAUCUUAAUAACUUCAUCUACCAAUAA